AAGAGGAGCUGGACAGAGAGAGAGGGAGGCACAGAGAGAGCGGAGGGAGCAGCCAGGAGAGGGGGACUCCAGUCUGAAUGGGCCCACAGGAGCCUUGAUGGAGCAUGGGCCAGGUUCUAGGAUUCUCCCAUUGCAAGGAAUUUGGUUCUGUCUCCUCGACACCUGACUCUACACCUCCCUGCACUGAUGGUGGAAAUGAGGAAUCGGACUUCCCAGAGUUGCAGACAGCGCGGGAGUGGUCUGAGGAGGAGGAUGGCAUUGAGGACGAGGAAGGGGGUGCUAGCAGCCCCUCGGUGUGGGGAACCCCUAGGCAGAACUCCUUCGAGCUCACCUUCUCAUACAUCGCCUUUUCAGAACCGGAAGGGGGUGGACCCUCUCGGCGAGACUCGCUAGGAGGGUCGAGACGCAGGGGCGGUUCUGGGGGGCGGGGCAGUCGCCCGGUCUUAAGCCGCACGGAUACUUCAGAGACCGUUCCUCCACUGGACUCGCCGCAGGCUGAGUGGAACCCCCAUGACUUUUUAGCCGAGGAAUUAGAGACAAAGGAUGAACUGGAGGACGAGGUGGAAAGGAGAGAGGGACAGCCGGCUGAACCCCCAGCCAGCCUUGACUUGAGGGUCCAACGCUGCUCCCAUGCUCCAGCUGCAGAGCUUCAGGACGAGAGUCCCAAGACUGAGAGCAGCAAACAGGUGGAGCUCUCCCAGCUCACCCUGCAUCACGAGCCUUUGGACUCCCACCAAGUUCUGUAUGAGGAAGCGGGCUCUCUUGUUGCCAUGGAAACUGCAAACACACUUCUCAUGGAGGUACAACCAGGUGGAGGGAUCACUGACGUGACUUCAUCCACUCCACCUUCUUCUAUUGGUCAAAACACUCAGGAAGCACCAGGCCAGGAGCGGUGGUUCUCAACGUUAAACCUGUCUGAGGACACUAGCCAGCGGAUCCAAACAGCGAUAUUGGACCUGAUCUACUGGCGGGAUAUGGAGCGGACCGGGGUGGUCUUCACGGGGCUGGUGGUGGGCCUACUGUCCCUGUUCCAGCUGAGCAUCGUCACCGUGGUGUCCACGCUCUCUCUGGCAGUCGUAUGCUGUACCGUUAUUGUACGGGUCUACUACCACGUGCUGCACGCGCUGCAGUGGGGAGACGGCGUGCACCCCUUCAAGUGGUAUCUGGACUAUGACAUCAGCCUAUCGGGGGAGAAGGCCGAGCACCACAUGCAGCGCAUCAUUGUCCUGACCGUCUCCGCCAUCGCAGAGAUGAAGCGGAUCCUCUUUGUCGGCAACCUCAUUGAUUCGCUGAAGUACCUGGUGCUGGCGUACUUGCUGACCUUCGUGGGUGCCAUCUUCAACGGACUGACGCUCCUGAUCAUCGGUGUGAUCUCCCUAUUCUCCCUCCCACUGUUCUACAAACAGCGCCAGGUGCAGGUUGACAGUAUUCUAACUUCAAUCAAGGCUCAUGUGGACAACAUCAAAGAUAUAUUUCACCGGCUGCUUCAAGGUGGCUGUCCAGCACCAGAUCCCACUCCCGGUGGAGCCAAGCCAAAAAUAAAAUGAAGCAGGGGGAGGAGCUACAGGCUGUCACUCACAUGUCUUAUCGUGCAGCCUGUGUUCCGGAGGCUUGGGGUGGAGGGUACAGGGAAAGGCGCAGGGAGAAAGGGAAAAGUGGACAUUGAAGGCCUCAAUAUUCACAUAUGGCUUUUGAAGAUGGAAAAGUUUAAGACCACGAUUACCAUUUUUUUUUUUGUAACGACACAAGUAUUGUCACUGGUCCAGUGAAACGAAACACUCUAGAUGAGUAAGAGGAAGUGUCCGGGGUUGGGCAGCUCCUUCAGCAGGGGGGCCAGGGCUGUGAACUGACCUCCUGAACACUGACUGUUGAAGAUCGGAGCGGAAGCGGGUCUUCGCGCGGCUCCCGUCCGCACGCUAACUUGGGUGACACUGUGACCGUUCGAUGGGGAACCGGGACCUUUGAGCCGAGGAAAACCGAAGUCUGAGAACUACUGAAAAAUACGCGUGGCCAGGUGAUCCCGUGGACCCCAAGACCAAAGGAAGGAACCAGACUUGAUAGCAGGCAGCCUGGAGCGAACAAAUGAACUUACAGCUUGCUGAGAGUGCAGCGAAAUCCCGGCACUGUCGCCGUUUUCCUUCUCUGCGUUUCCUUCUCCUGUGACGUCAACCCAACAUGUGCGCGCGCGAACACGGAUACAGCCAUCGACUGUCGUUCUGCAGAACCCCCCGCUUUGUUACUUGAACACAAAGAGCAGGCUUCGCAUAUAAUAUGAUCACAGUUUUUAAUUGAUUCGCGGAAGGAAGCAGACGCAGGGCUUAUAAUAAAGAAUUACACGCUGAGAUCAGCUUACACAGGCCUCUUGGAAAGCGGUUCUGCUGGAUCGCGCCUCGAGUCUGCGGUAGUUCUUCUCCAAAGGGGCAGACACUCGGAGAGUCAUCAUCCAGCAUGUGGAACUGAGUAGUCAUGGUGACCCGCCUUAUUUUUCAGCUUUUUUUUAAAUCGCUGUUGACUCCGCUUUAGUCAUUUUCCGCUCGCUGUCAGACUUGGCAAGGCGAUGUGCGCUCUCCGUCCACCGGGCCCAUCGCUGCGGACCCUCACGCCGCUUGUGCGGCGGCCAGUUGGCUGACUUAAGGCCUCGCUGUGGUCGCGGAGUGAUGUCAGUCAUGUUCCCCUGCCGGAGACCACCCAACCGCAGUCAGUACAUGACAAAGCUCAGUUGCCCUCAUACUCGUCCUCAUCGCUUGAGCAUUCGCCAACUCCAAAACAACCUCAGAACAUAGUCGGUAAGUUUUUAAUUUGAAUCAUGCUUCCCAGCAUCCACGAGCAGACAGGCCUGGCACUAGGAGUGGUGUUCAUACCAAAGUUUUGGAACCAGUAACCACUUCACCACCCUUUGCAGUUUGCGAACCGAUGAGUUGUGUGGUGCUGCAGGGACCCAGGAGUGGGGUGACACACCGUUUGCUGGACUGGAGGGGGAACGCUAGUGUUGUCAGCAAACGUGUAAGAGCUGUGUAAACGGGAGUGUAAGGCCAAGCAGGAACCGCGUGGGUGCGCAGCCCCAGUCUCCCCAAUCAAUGGUUUCCGGAACAUUCCCAGGGUGCCUUUCGACAAACAACUGAUGAAAGCCUUUGAAACGCGUCGUGACUCAUAUCAGGCCAGCGUAGCGAGGGAUGAAAACUUGCUCUUGCACCCCUGUGUCCUGUCUGACCGCAGACAACCAUCCUGUUCUAACUCUGUGCCAAUGGACUGUAAAUGCUGGUGUCUCACUUGGGAGGUCAGUCAUAUUUUGUAUUUUUAAAUCAGAAGCCAGUCUGUUUUUUUUUUUUUUUUUUUUUUAAUUCCUCUUCCAGGUGAGUGAGGGGACAUAUGGGCGUUUCCAGCCCCAGGACAAGGAUUUGAUGACCGGUUUUAGCAAUCUAGGUGAAAUGUGCAUUUUUGCACACAGUUCGACAGCGACAAGGAGGACAUAAGCUGUGUUACCAAAGCGCUACGAUGAGGAAU